AGGCGUCACUCCUCCAUUGCGCAUGGCUGGCGCGGCUCUGGGCCGCCAGGGCCGGUUCGCGAUUAGAGGGCUCCGUUUGAGUUCUGCGUUGCUUCUGUAGCCGCUUCCGGGAAAAUGGCGGCCUGGAGAGCGGCGCUGGCUGCGGCUGCCCGGCGUUCCCUGAGGGGCAGCGUCUCCGGGCUGCGUGUCCCUGGGAGCCAGCAGCGGUGUCCGGGUCUGUGGGCUGCAGCUGCCACCCUGCUUGGAGGAGGCUCGUUGGCAGCGGCUUACAGCGGCUGGUGCGGACGGCCAGCGCCUGGCGGGUUCCUGACGGUGCUGGCUCAGAAGGAAGAUGUCGCUAAUGAGGAGAUGGCAGAAAAACUGUCUAUUCGAAAGCAGCGCUUUAUGAAGUUUGCAUCCUUGGAAUAUGAAGGAGAAUAUUACAUGACACCUAGAGACUUUUUGUUCUCAGUGAUGUUUGAUCAAGUUGGCUGUACAGCAAUGGCCAAGAAACUGACAAAAAAGGAGGUAGAUGCCGCUCUGGUAAAUGUUACAAAGGCUAAAGCAGGACCAACCUUUUUUAGAGACCUCGGCGAUAAAGGACUGAUCUCAUAUACAGAGUACCUCUUUUUGCUGACAAUCCUCACAAAACCACAAACUGGAUUUCAUAUUGCUUUUAAAAUGUUGGAUGCAGAUGGCAAUGAACAAGUUGAAAAAAAGGAAUUCUUUAAGCUUCAGAAAAUCAUUGGGAAACAAGAUGACUUGAGAAAAGCUUCUGGACAUGAAACGUUAUCACAGGAACCAGAAUUGGAAGACUCUGCUGUUAAUACAACAUUGUUGGUGCACUUCUUUGGAAGAGCAGGAAAGGAGAAGCUUUGCUAUUCUGAGUUUUACAGAUUUAUGGAAAAUUUACAAACAGAGGUGCAAGAAAUGGAAUUCAUACAGUUUUCAAAGGGUCUGAACUUCAUGAGAAAAGAGGACUUUGCAGAAUGGUUAUUGUAUUUCACUGAUGAAGAAAACAAUGAAAUUUACUGGCAAAAUGUGAGAGAGAGAAUCCAAGCAGGAGAGAAUAUCAGCUUGGACGAAUUCAAGACAUUUUGCCAGUUUACAAAUCGCUUAGAAGACUUUUCUAUUGCCAUGCAAAUGUUUACUGUAGCUAAUCGUCCUGUUAAAUUGGCUGAGUUCAAGAGAGCUGUAAAAGUGGCAACAGGACAGGAGCUCUCAGACAAUGUUUUGGACACAGUCUUCAAGAUCUUUGAUUUAGAUGGAGACAAUUGCCUCAGCCAUGGAGAGUUUCUGGGAGUAUUAAAGAACAGGAUGUAUCGAGGCUUACGGAUACCACAACAGCAAGGUGUACAAGGAUACUGGAAAUGUGUGAAAAGAGAAAGUAUUAAAGGAGCAAAAGAAGUCUGGAAGCAAACUGGGAAAAGCCCUUUCUAAAUAAGUUACUUGUUCUUUUAUUACUAUAAAUGUCAGAGGUUGGGGUUUUCACGUAUUUUUGUUUAUAUGCUGGCUAAAUCAUGUGUAAAUUGUUAUACAAUCUAAAUAUUUAAUUAAUCGAAUUUCUAAUACAAUAAUUUUACAGUAUUUAUCAGUGUAAUCAGGUUUGCCUGUGGAACUGUUAUGACAUCUAGCUUCCACACAAAAGUAUACUCAUUCCAGGAAAUGCUAAAGUUUACAAAAAUAGACAUCAGCAGAAUUCUUGUGUGGGGACUGGCCCUGCUCUCUAGCAUAUAGGGUAUCUGAGUUUUAGUACUGGUCACUUGCUGAAUGUGCUGCAGAAAUAGCAUUUACAACCUGAGAAUUGAAGACCAGUAAUACAGCAAUAUAGCCCAACCCAAAAUGUACCUACCAAGUUUCCUUUAUAGGGACUGUGGGUUACAAAGGCACAGACUACUUGCACAAUCCCUAGGAGAUGCAAGAUUUUGGUAUCAAAAAGGAAAACUUGACUCUAUUGUUUUGUACGUCAUCACUAUUAUGAACUGCCCAUAAUCCAUAUGAAUGUACUUUUGUUUGCUGCCUUGGUAAUAGGAUUAACAUAUCUCAAUCAAAACUGGAAAUUUAAGACUGUUUACAAAGGCUUUGAAAAUUGUAAAUGCUUUGUGAAAGUGAAUAGGCUCCUUAAGACUUCCUCAGCAAACAGAAUAAAUUCGAAAAUUGAA